CGGUGGGACACACAUACACACACAAACACACACACACACACACACGCCAUGGCCAGCGUGCAGCAGGGCGAGAAGCAGCUCUUCGAGAAGUUCUGGCGAGGGACCUUCAAAGCCGUGGCCACGCCGCGACCCGAGAGCAUCAUCGUGGCCAGCAUCACGGCCCGCAAGCCGCUGCCCAGUGGGACGCUCAGCUGCCUUCCGUACCCUGCAGAGGACAGAUGUCCCGAAAAGCUGAGUGGCCGCGCAGGGAAAGAAGCCUCCACCACCAACGGCUGUGCCAAAGGGAAGGAGAGACGAGACCAUGCUCACCACAGUUCACGCAGCCCCUCAUGUGAUGAGGAACGUACGCCACCGCCGCCGUCCCGGGGGAAGAAGAAGAAGAAGAAAUCCAGCCGCAAGAAGCGAAGGAGGUCUCCCUCCUACAGCCCCUCGCCUGUGAAGAAGAAGAAGAAGAAAAGCUCCAAGAAGCGAAAAAGAAACAGGUUAUCUUCAAAGAAGAGAAGACACAGCUCCCGUGGGCGCACCCGGAAAUCUCAUCGCCAUCGUCACCGCCACUGCCACUCUCGCUCAGAGAGCUCGGACUCCCACUCUACCCGCUGCCGAAGCAGGCACAGAGCCAGGUCUCGGGAGGAAGGGCGUAAAACACGGCGAAGACACUCCCGGCACCAUUCAAAGAUCACGGCAAAGCAAAAUUCCUCUGCAGAGGUUCAGGCCACCCAAAAAGCCAGCCAAACCCUCCCGUUCUACAGCUUCCUGUCUCCUAAGGAAGUAAUCUCUCAGUCAGGGUCUUCUGCUGACCUCUUUACCAAAACAGACAGCCCGCCUGGCAACCUUGCCAGCCAGAACGGAGAGUAUCAUGAAUAUGACUCAGGAAACGAUACUUCCUCCCCUCCCUCCACUCAAACGAGCUCAUCCAGGUCAAAGGACAGCCAGGAGAAAAGAAGUCUAGUCCAUGAUGGCUUUGGCCAUGCCUUCUCGUCCGGGAAGCCCAAACUGGCCAACAGCGAUAACAGCUCUGAUUCAGGAAAUUCCUUCACCAGUUGCUUUUCCCAGACCAAGGGAACAGCUUUGGAAAAUCUGUCUCCAGAUGCCCAGGGACAAGACCGAAGAGGCUGCCUGUCCUUGUGUCUCAACUGUUCAGAGGAGAAGAAGCAAACCUUCCUCCUGUCCCCAACCCACAGCUUGCCGCUAAGGCCGUGCUCCCGCAGCGAGUCCUACACCAGCACCGGCAGAUCCUCCCGUGGCUCCAGCCGCUCCAGCCGCUCCCGUUCCUCACACCACAAGGCCUCUCCCAGGUACUCCCGAAGCAGGUCCUGCUCUUCGGGAAAGAGGUCUUCGUCACGUUCCCCCAGCUAUUCCUCCAAAUCCUGCAAAAAAAGUCCUGGGAGCAGGAGUUCAAGGACUCGUCGGAGCCCCAGUUACUCCCGCUACAGCCCUAGCAGAGACCGCGAGCGAGAGCACAAGUAUGGCUCCAGUGAGAAGGAGUCGCACAGGGAACGUGACCGGCGACGGCGGCAGCGGUCCUAUUCACCCCUGAGGAAACGCAGGAGAGACUCUCCCAGCCACCUGGAAGCUCGGCGCAUCACAAGUGCCCGCAAACGCCCCAUCCCCUACUACCGUCCCAGUCCCUCCUCCUCCAGCAGCGCCAGCAGCUAUUCCUCCUGGUACAGCAGCUUUAGCCGCUCCCCGAGCAGGAGCCGGAGCUACUCCAGCUACCGGACAAGCCGGAGCCGAAGCUGGAGCAGCAGCAGCAACGCCGAGGGCAGGAGCCGCAGCCGGAGUUCUGGCCCCAGGAGCAGCCGCAGCUGGAGUUCGGGCCCCAGGAGCAGCCGGAGCAGGAGCAGGAGCUAUGACUCAGGAGGCAGCUCUGACAGCCUACGUCGCUAGGGAGUGCCGCCGAUGGCUCGCGUGCCGGCGUCACUUCCAAAUUCCUGGCAUUCUCCGCUUCCUUCCCACCUACCUGGCCAUCGAUAGCAAUCAUCCCCGAUACUGAUGUGGUGGCAGCGCUGGGUCCCCCAUCCCCGGUGUCCGGAGUAAGAGCCCCCGUGCGCCCAGCACAGCCCCUUCGCUGCCUCGUGGACAAGGUGGAUCCAUCCCAGCUCCCCGGGCCAGGACUGGAAGAAGGGUCGGUGCUUUACAGAGGAUCUGUCACAACAGACCUGCUUCAUCCUCCCCGACAUCCCCGGCUCCCCAUCGCUGCCGCUUUCCAAAGCACUACCGGCUGCUCCGAAGGAGAGAAUUCAGCUCCUUGCUCUUCUGCCAAACCAGGAGCCAGCAAAUUAAUUCCUGUUGGAGGGAGAGACCCAGUUAGGGAGGAAUUUGCUGGGAAGCUUUGGCGAUGCGUGGAGGUGACCUGCCCUGACCAAGGCAAAUAUCAUGUCUCUUGGGUUUCUACUCCAGAGCUUCUGGCCACUCUGCAGCAGGCCUCUUCCGUGAGAGAAUAUUUAUUUGUUGCCGGUCAGCCAGUCCCUGCUAUAAAUAGAAGGCUAGAAAUCCCCCCUGAUGUAAUUCCUGGGGAAAAAACAAAAGGCCAUUUCUUCUCUUUCUCUCACCCUUUCCUACCAGGUAUUCAUCAGCUUUUGCAGGGUUGUUUUCCCCCAGCACCAUAACUUGCUUUAGGAUGAGCAAGUUGGGGUCUGCAGCAGAGGUGGAGCCUGUGGGGUACGAGGGAGAGGGGAGCUGGUGCCACGCUGCGCUCCGAGGGCCAGGCCAUGGGUGGGAGGUGGGGACCGUGGGCUUCCCUUCUCAGAGGAACCCUCUUGCAGUUUGGGAUUAGGUUUUUCCAAAGGGAGCCUUGCCCUUGGAGCACAGCACUGGUGGGACUGGAAGGAGAUAAGAAGAGAGCAUAGAUGUGGGGUGUAGUGAGAGCAGACAGGGGACCCCAAUUCCCCUUCCCCGUAACAGGCAGCACUUUUAAGCAGCUCCUGGGGCAUUUCAGGAAAUCAUUUCUCCUUGAGACCCCUGGGCUCCUCCUGAGGCAGCCCCGGUGCAGGGCCAGUGCAGAGCUUGGGCAGGACUCUCUCGUGCCCCAGUUUGUUUCGGGGGGACAGAAAGGGUCCCCCACUAAUGGCCUGUUUUUCCAAGAGGCCGCAGGCAGCGGCAGGAGGGCCCUGCCUGCCCGGGCAGCCUUGUGCCCGGGGGUUUUGUCUCCCUGCCAGCCCAGCUGCCUGCGCAAUUACUGUGUUUUGCAGGGUAACAAAGGCUUCUCCCAGCACAGGCUGAGCUGGUGCUGAGGAGUUUCUUUCUCUUACAACACCUGGGUGCUUAGAGACGCUAAUUUGGGUUUAAGACUUCCCUCCCUCCCUUUUUCCAUCCCCUCCCCUUCCAUCCUGCAUGAUUAUUAACAAGUUUGGGCUUAAUGAGUCAAGGAGGUGUGUCAUUUAAGUGUCACAGAAAAGGACUAAGUGGAGCCAGCAUCUGCUGGGGGAGGAGAGGGGGUAGAAAGAAAUGCACCCCCAGCCCCACCCCCAGCUAAAGAGUUACCUACAGCCCCCCAGUCCUGCUGGCAGCAGGUAAGGGGGCAAACCCACAAGCGGAGGAAGGCCAUGGUGUCCUGGUGGAGCUGGGUGACUGCCUUAGCCAGCAUCUAACCCUGCUAUCUGUCAGAAAGUACAGCAGCCUGGAGGGUAAUUCCACCCGGGUGGUACAAAGGGAAGUUUUAUGCCAGGGGGCCCUUUUUCCCUAGGAUCUUUCCUACUGCUGGUCCCCCUUGUCCUGUGCCUUCAACCCCAAAGCCCCCCCCCUUUUCCCAGUCCCUCGUCCCCUGCCUUGCUCACUGCAGGUAGUUUGAGGAUGAGGGUGGUUGAGGCAGAGACCUGGGCACCCGUGUGGCCAGUGGCUUGGUGGGGACAUGGGUCCAUCUCCUGGGAAGCCACUUCCUAGGGCAUAAAGAAAAGCAUUCCUGGUAGGGCUGGGCAAACACUCCAGGGCUGUGAUUGAGGGAUCAAAGAUGGGGUGUUCUUGCAGUGGGGUGCUGCUGCCCUCCCCCUGCCCUGGCCCUGCCAGCAGCCCCUUGGCCAUCUUCUGCAGUGACCUCCCUUCUUGUAAAAGGCUGAAAACCUCACGCUUCUUCCCCAAAGAGUCUCUCCCACCUUUGAGGUUCAAAUGCCCUGUCCUUCUGCUCCCUGGGAAGAUCUGAAGGCAGCGAUGGGAGCCCAAACCCCAGAUCUACCCGUGUUUCAAGAGUAGCCUCGUUCCCCUUAACACACCCUAAGGCACACUCACGUCUGUACGAAGGAAGCAGCGAGCCGGGAGGCCAAAAACUAGGAAAGAGAAGAAGUGGGACUUUGUGCAACCGGUGUAAAUAUCAAAACACAACAUUGACUUGAGUUCCUCGUGGCUGGGGACGGAUGAUCAAAGCACCGCAUCAGGGCAGCAGCACCCACCGAGCGUGGGACAGGAGGUGACCCCGAGGGCUGCGUGGGGGUGACGGUGGCUCUCGUACCCACCCAGCCAACCCGCGCUUCGAGGACUGCCUCUGCUCCUACAGCCCGUGGCAGCUAAAUGCUCCUGGGGUUUCCCAAGCAGACUUGUGUUGAAGUAACCUCUUAAAUUAUUUAUUUAUUUAUUUAUUAUUCUAUUUUUAAUUGUAUGUCAGAACGGAUGCAGGUGGUCACCGUUACCAGUAUUUAUUUAUUCUAAUGUUUGUUGUUUUGUUGGUUUGGGCUUUUUUUUUUUUUUUUGGAACAAUAAGUUAUUUUUGGACCUGAUUGUUUGUUUGUUUGUUGGAAUGUAUCCAGGCUGCUGUUCUCAUUUUAAGGCUUAUGGUGCUGGCCCCUCUCGGUGAGGUGGCUGGAGGAGUGGUGGUCCCUCCUGCUGCCAACGUGUCCCUUCAGCUGCGCUCUCCAGAGCAGGGCAGAGAGCGUGUGCCAACCAGAGGGGCGCAGGGCAGAGCUGUUGGUCUGUUUCCAUGUUAAAAACCUAGGGUUUCUCGUUAGGUUUGUGCAGGGAUGUGAUGGAUGUCAGCAGAGAAGCGGGUCUGGGACCUGACGGAGGUGACAGCGAGGGUCUGCUGGCCGGUUGGCCGGGCCAAGGGCAGUUUGUGGUGCUGCAAGGGGAAGUCUCACCCCGGCCGGGUGCCAGCUGGCGGCGGCUGCUGUUUCCCUUGGCUCCGCAGCCAGCACACAACCCGAAACCGGGCUGCUGCGCGCAGGCACUGCUGGUUUCCCCGGGAGGAUGCCGUCGCCAGGGCUCCCCUGCCGUGUUUAUCGCCGCGCCGUGACCCACCCAUGGGAACAGCAACCAAACCAGGCCGUGAGAGAGUGAGCCGCGCUCACGACGCUUGCAAAAUCCCGCCUCUUGGUGACAGGAGCCAACCGAGUCUCUGUUGUGUGUAUGUGAACACGUGUGUGUGUGUGUGUCCGUAUGUAUAUGCAUACACGUUGCAUAUACAUAUGAGUUCCCCUCAGUGGUGGUAUUUAUUUUUUAACUUAUUUAAGAUUUUUAGUACAACCUGGGACAUCACCCUCCCUUUGUCGGUGGACAGCUGGGUUUUCCGUCGGUUUGCGAGAAGCCCACGAGCUUUUCUGUCUCUGUGCCUUUUGCCAGCGCUUUUUCUUUUCUGAUGUUGUUUCGCUCAUUCGUCGCUUUCACAGAUUUUUUUGCCCCACAUCUCAGAUUGCCUCUGGUGCUCUCUGCAAGGAGCAGCAUUCACCUGGUGGAAAGGCAACUCGGUCAUUUCGGUGUUGGUGAAUCACUGCUCGCCUGUGAGUGGCUACACAAGGGAUGCCCAGGGACGGCCACAGCCUCACUCAGAGCAGAAAGGCUUUGGGAAAAUAUCUCAGCCACCUUUUGGAGGAGGUAUCUCAGAGGGUUUUGCUUUCCUCAUAUACAGAGGCUCUCUCCCACCCACGAUUUUGUUGCCAUCCCCAGGGUCCCUGGUUGCCUUUCCCCAGCAGCACCUGCUCCCCAAUGUCCCCCUCACCCCAGAGUCGUGCCAUCGGCUCUCCCUGCACCAGCCUUGGCUCCAGGUGAGGCUCGUCACUCCUUGCCCAACCCCAGCGCCGGGACCAGGCUCCAGAAAACCCCACACACUCUCUGCAGGUUUGCUGGGAAGCCAAGAUAAGGGAUAUUUCAAAGCACUGCUGUGUUCUUUCUGUUCUUCAUGGGUUACGGCACUCGGUUGAGCUUUGCUUUAUGUUGACUGCAACUUUUCUCAAUGUUUUCGUUGUUUUGGAGGACUGAAUUUGUACCAAACUUGUCUGCAAGAGCCAAUCACUGUUAUUUUGCUAUGCAUUGUACAUAUAUUGAACGGGCUGAGAGGACUCGGCCUCUAUUUAAUAUUUAUUUCUUCUAUUUAUUGAGCAUUACUUUAAAAAAGCUAUUUGGGUCUUUGCCUUGGGUCCACGAAGGCAGGAGCCUUUGAGGGGUUGCCAUAUACGUUGGAGAGAGGUUAUCAGAGAGGUCAAUUACUGAGGCUGUCACCUGCUGGCGUGGAGGCACCUGUCAGACACAUGAGGCUCAUUUGUGCUCAACCACCAGUGGAACCUCAUUUAGAUGGAGAUGAACAAGGCAGGGGAAAAUCCUCCUUCUUGGGCCAGCUUCUGUUGACAAACCACAAAGGUGGUGGGUGCUUGGAGGUGACAGGCCAGCUGUGGUGGAGGAAUAACCCUGCCCUUCCUCCUCCAUGCCAUGCAGGGCUGCCUGGAUCACCAAAGAUCCCCAGAGAUCUUCAGUCUCCCACCACUGACCCCCUCUUCUUGGCUCUCAGUGGUUAUUGGGGAUCAGGGGACUUGUUGCCCUUUCAUCAAUGUGAGGAGAGGGAUAGGGCUGAAGUAACUUGCUGUGGUCUCUACCAGGAAGCAAGGAUGUCCACCCUGCCCCAUCCCGAGACCCUCGUCCUCGUGCCAUGUCCUUGCUUUGCCCCCUUCCCCAAGCUUUAUGCCAGAACCAGUAGCUCUGCCCAGACAUGAGCUUGGGAGAGGUGGCCAGGCCAGGACAGGGGAGGUCUCUCCUGUUGUCUCCAACAUGAGAAGGAGCUCAUUGCAGGCAUCCUCCCCCAGCUUUGAAAAAAACCACGGGACAUGCUAAAAAUGGCAGCCAUUGUCCUCUUCACCCCAGUGGGAGAUGUUUGUGCUCCGUGGGGCAGAGCUGUUCCCAGGAGCCACAGGGCCCUCAGCCCUGGGGCUGUCAGGAUGUUUGUUGGAGAAAGGGACGGAUUCAGGUGCCUAAGUGAAGACUUUGUCCUUUAGUGUCCGGUGGGGUUUUAUUACCUCUUUACCAGAGAAUAAAUAAUUCUCAUGACUUUUGCUGCUACCUGGAAGUUUGCACAUGACCAGGAGGGUCUCGGAGGCACUGGUACAUCUGCUGUUGUGGCAACAGUUUCGUGGUCAAGCAUCCCAACUCUUGGGCCAUAGAACAACACCCUGAACCCCACCGCCCUGGAGGCAGCUCUCCACCUUCCAAACCCAGGGAAUGAGAAGAUUUAGAACAAAAGCCAAGAGGUGAGAAAAGCCGCCAGGGAAACGGCGUCUCCGUUUUCUCGCCCGUUGGCUGAUUCCUUACGGAAUGACACCGGCGCCUCUGUUCGUUUGACUUCAUUGUAAAACCCCCUUUGCUCUCCAUGGAAAUGCAUUGCUGUAUUCUUUAGUCUUCCUGGGGUAUUUUGAGUUGUUAGCCUGGUUAGAAAAAGGGUCCCAAUAAAGGUUUGGACGGUAAUUCCUCCCCAUCGCA